AAUUCCUUAUGAUCAAUCCUUAAAAAAUAAAAUCCUUGGAGGAGAAAGAGAAAGAAAAAUUACGAAUACACCACAUGAAUAUUGCGAACUUUAUACUUCCUGUUGGAAUCCAAGUCCUGAAAAAAGACCUGAUAUUGAACUGGUUUACAGUGAAUUAAGUAAUAUAAUACAUAAAAUUAGUGAAAAUCAAAGAGACAGUGAAUGGAUUAAAAAUGCAAUUAUUAAUGAACAUAUUAAUUAUUAUGAAUACAAUCUAUUUAAUGAUAUGAAGGAAAUUGGUUCCGGAGGUUUUGACCAUGAUAAUUUGUCAUGGAGAAUUGUUCAAGAACUUAGGGAAACAGCAAUUGAAGGUACACCUGAAGAUUAUACGAAGAUUUAUAGAGAUAAUUUGCAAAAUGAUGAUUGUGAAAUAAAUGAACUACUAUUUAUUGAAAAUGAAAAUAAUUUAAAAAGUUUAAAUUUGAUUAAUACCGAAGAAUUAAAUCGAAGCGUGCAAAAUCAUGAUACAUGUAUAAUUGCAAACAUGAAUUAUAACACUAGUUCGUUAGAAGAUCCGAUGCAGAAACCCAGCACGGAACCGUAA